UUUCCAGGUUCUUCUUUCACUAAAGAUAUCAUAGGCUAAAUGAAGGAGAGUUUGAAGUUCAUCACAAGAAGUGAUCAUAAUUUAGCAUACUCCCAAUUUUUGUCUAUGGACAGCUGAAGCAGUCAGCUGGCAUUGUGAUCAUUUAGUAGCAGCAAACAAAUUGAACUAUAAUCUCCCCACUUGGAAGUGGACUGUCAUUGCAGCAAGGACAAUAUGGUGUGGGAAGUCAAAAGUCUAGCUCAAGAAGGAUGUGAUUGACAUGGAACAAAGGAGCUCCAAGUCGAAUCUCCUAGGAAACAUGAAAGACAAGGAUAAGGAAGAAAGCCGGACCCGUGGAGGGUUGGGACGAGGGUCUGCACUCAAUAUCCCUCGAGGAACUACAAAUGUGCAGCCUGGUGCUCAGUCUGGUGUCCUCAUGGUUGGACCUAAUUUCCGAGUUGGAAAGAAGCUCGGGGCAGGUAACUUCGGUGAGCUUCGUCUCGGAAAGAACUUGUAUACAAAUGAACAUGUGGCAAUUAAGCUGGAACCAAUGAAGUCCAAGGCACCUCAGCUACACCUGGAGUAUCGGUUCUACAAAAUGCUGGGUGCUAAAGAGGGCUUACCAGAGGUGUAUUACUUCGGACCAUGUGGAAAGUACAAUGCACUUGUAAUGGAGCUCCUAGGUCCCAGCCUUGAAGAUCUCUUUGACCUGUGUGGCAGAAAAUUCUCCCUCAAGACAACUCUAUUGAUAGCCAUGCAGCUUAUCACUCGGAUGGAAUAUGUUCACUCAAAGCACCUCAUUUACAGAGAUGUCAAGCCCGAAAACUUUCUUAUUGGACGAGCUUCCACGAGGAAGAAUAAAAUCAUACACAUUAUAGAUUUUGGACUUGCCAAAGAGUACAUUGAUCCUGAAACAGGGAAGCACAUUCCAUACAGAGAACAUAAGAGCCUUACUGGCACAGCUCGAUACAUGAGCAUCAAUACUCAUCUUGGCAGAGAGCAAAGCCGUCGAGAUGACCUGGAAGCCCUGGGCCACAUGUUCAUGUAUUUCCUGAGAGGGAGUCUUCCUUGGCAAGGCCUGAAAGCAGAUACUCUGAAGGAGAGAUAUCAGAAGAUUGGAGAUACAAAAAGGAACACUCCCAUUGAGAUCCUCUGUGAAAACCACCCAGAGGAAAUGGCUACAUAUCUUCGCUAUGUGAGGCGGCUGGAUUUCUUUGAGACACCAGACUAUGACUACCUUAUCAACAUGUUCAAAGACUUGUUCAAUCGAAAGGGAUAUGUGGAUGAUGGAGUUUUCGACUGGACUGGACGCAAUGCUGUAAGUCAAUCACCUCCACUUCAACAGAAGGCAGGUGCCUGCAGUCCUGAUUCCCAAUCCUGCUCUUCCUCCCCUGAUAUCAAUCCCAACCCAAUCCACCUGUGCUUAUCAAGGAAUUAUGAUCAACCACAAGAAAACCUGAAAUUCUUCUUGGCCCUGGAUGACUCAUCUAGUUCAGAAGAUCAUAUCCUCAAGUCCUUUGCAGAGUUAUGCUGCAAUAGGAUUCGUGGGUGA